AAGAUUCUUCAGCUUCUGUAAAUUCAGUAAUACAAAAUAUUGAUAAUCAGAUAUUGUUAAUGUUUGAAUUAGGUGAUCUUGAAUUAAUUACAGAUUUACGUCAAAUUAAUAAAGAAGAUGUAGCACAAGAAUCAAUUUUAGCAGUUGAUGAAAGAAG